GUUUCAGGCACCCCCGAAACCAUCUACCGAGUCGCUGGGUGCUCUGCGCCGACCGCUCUGCAGCCAACUGCCGAUGUUGGACACGCUCGGAGCUCACUGUGCACCGCCAAACAUGACCUCACGAUACUACCUGGCAGCGCGCUCCGCCAUCCGAGGCGAUGGGAUCGAAAUGCUAGGCAGUACGCUAGCAGGCCCCGAACACCGAGCCAUGGCUUGUCCUCCUCAAGCCAACGUGGUAUUCCGGUCGUGAUCGGCGGUCCUCUCUGUUCAUGCGCCCCCUCAUCGACGCCGAGUUCUUUCCCCCACCCCCCACGUCUCCUCGCCAUCUCCGCGACCGUGUCAUCCGUCAUCCGAGCCCCGCGAACAAGAUGGGGAACCGCUCUCAGACCAUCCAGACAUAUAGUUCUGGCUGGGCUUUUAGUCCUGGCUGAGCUUUUGCUGUACACCGUCCGGAUGAUAUAGUGUGCCCUCUUCCUUGUCCCGCCUCUUUCUUGGUCUGCCACAAUAUACGACCAGCAGGUUGCCGCCUUUCAGAAAAACCACUUCAUCGUGUGCCUCGUCGCUCAACACCAUCAACGUCAUCGUCACAAACACGCAUCAUGGCUUCCACAGAGGACUACCAGAACAUCUUUCACUGGGCAGAGACCCAGAAGGAUGGGUCCAUCCCCAGUUUCGAGACCCGACGCAACGACCCAUACAAGUACAUGUCUGGCUUCAACAACAGCUUCGAGUCAGAAGCGGUGCCCGGUGUGAUCCCCAAGGGCCAGAACAGUCCGAGGUCCAUACGCUUUGGGCUCUACGCGGAGCAGAUGACUGCGUCUGCAUUCGUCGCCCCACGCCAUGUCAACAAGAAGGCGUGGCUCUAUCGCUCGCGUCCUGCUGUCGCCCACCAAGGAUUCACGGAUCUUCCAAACCGAGAAGACGUCGAAUCAAACUUUCUUCCCAUCAACCCCCGCGUACAUGUUUCUCCCACUCAGCUGGCGUGGAGCCCCUUUGACAUCCCAACCGAUCAAGAUGUGGACUUUAUCGACGGCCUCAAGACACUUGCGGGGUCUGGCGAUCCCACGCUGCGGGAGGGCCUGGCGACCCACGUCUAUCUCUGCAACACAAGCAUGAAGAAGAGGGCGUUUGCCAACUCGGACGGCGACUUUCUCAUCGUUCCGCAGCAAGGCGCGCUCGACAUCCAGACCGAGUUUGGCUUCCUCUACGUCCAGCCCGGUGAAAUCUGCGUCAUCCAGCGCGGCCAGCGCUUCAAGGUGAACGUCGAGGGACCUACGCGGGGCUACAUCCUCGAGAUCUGGGGCUCCAACUUUGAGCUGCCCGAGCUGGGGCCCCUCGGCGCAAACGGGCUCGCCAACGCUCGCGACUUUCUCCACCCCGUCGCCGCGUACGAGGUGACGGACGACGACCCGUGGAACAUUGUCUACAAGCUGGGUGGCCGGUUCUUCCAGAGCGCACAGCGUCACUGCCCCUUUGACGUCAUCGCCUGGCACGGGAACUACGUGCCGUACAAAUACGACCUCACCAAGUUUGUCAACGUCGGCUCCAUCUCGGUCGACCACAUUGACCCGUCCGUCUUCUGCGUGCUGACGGCGAAGUCGCGCGAUCCAGCCGCGCCACUCGCCGACUUUCUCAUCUUCUCGCCUCGCUGGGACGUCGCCUCGCACACCUACCGCCCGCCCUACUACCACCGCAAUGCCGCCUCGGAGCUUAUGGGCCUGCUCUACGGCGCCUACGACGGCCGCUCCGACGCCUUCCGCCCCGGCAGCGUCUCGUUCGAGUGCGGUUUCGUGCCCCACGGCGUGGCCUACGAACAGUUUGCCGCCGCGUCCCGCGAGGACCCGCCCGUCAUGCGCAUCUCCGAGGGCGCCGUUGCCUUCAUGUUUGAGAGCUGCCGCGCCCUGACGAUUACGGACUAUGCGUGGAAGAGCACGAACCUCCACGAGCACGAUCCCAAGAUGUGGGAUGACCUGGUGGACAACUUUUCCAAGCACCGCGUCGAGGUCGAUGAGAUUCUGGGCAAGGCGACGGGCGGGAAGCACCGCGUAGGGUCUUGAUAGACCAGUGUUUGGGCUGGAUGUGGCGGCGUCUCUUGGCUACUUAGACUGAUAGACUGCAUGCGUGUCGCUUGAGGUGUUUUGAUGAUUGGUAGAACGACGUUUGACGAGUAGAGGCCUAUAGAUGCCUGAACGCAGUGUUCGUUCAUGUUC